UAGUUCAGUUAAGUGAUUUAAUCGCAAUCGCUUUACCGCCACAGCGUUAUUUCUUUGUAUCGCAGAGCUACAAAAAAAAUUGUUUCUUUUUUUGUUUACAUUUUUUGAGUGCGCUUCAUGUCUAAUCCACAAGAGGAAUUGCUGCCCAGUGCCGAGCAGGAUGAUGAGCUCACACUGCCACGCGCCAGCAUCAACAAGAUAAUAAAGGAACUACUGCCCACAGUGCGUGUAGCCAACGAAAGUCGUGAGCUUAUACUGAAUUGCUGUACUGAAUUCAUUCACCUGAUUAGCUCGGAAGCUAACGAGGUGUGUAAUCAACGCAGCAAGAAGACCAUCAAUGCGGAGCAUGUGCUAGAAGCACUCGACCGUCUCGGUUUUCGUGACUACAAGCAGGAGGCCGAGGCUGUGCUGCACGACUGCAAGGAAGUGGCGGCCAAGCGACGUCGACAGAGCACGCGACUCGAGAACCUAGGCAUACCCGAAGAAGAGUUGUUGCGUCAACAACAGGAGUUAUUUGCCAAGGCUCGUGAGGAACAGGCUCGCGAAGAGCAACAACAGUGGAUGAGCAUGCAAGCAGCAGCCGUGCAACAGAGUAACGCUCUGAUGCAGAGGCCUCAACAGCAGCCACAGCUACCGGAUGGCACAAGUAGCCGCAGCAAGCCCAGUGAGGACGAUGAAGACGACGAUGAUGAUUACUAACAGUUUAAUUGAGUUUAUUUCUAAUGUAAUA